UGGAGUGAAUCUCAAAAUAGUCGGGAAAUCUUUUAUUUACAAUGAUCAGUAUCUAACUAUGAUCAGGAUUGCUGUCCUGUCCUUAAUUGGUUUUGCUUCUCUUCCAAAGUUUCCAUACCAAGAUAGGAUUUUUAGUCCUUACCUUACAAGGUCUACGAACUCCCCUGUCCCUUUAUAAAUACCUCGAUUACUCCACAAGCAAUGCAUAAAAAAAAACAUUUAAUACAAACACUCUCUCAAUAUUUGAUUAGUUUCGAUGGCCUCAUCAGCAGGAUGGUUGAAAGGAAAAGUGAAGGCGGUUACUUCAGGGGAUACCCUUGUGAUCAUGGCCCUCAACCCAGACAAGACCGGAAUCCCACGAGAAAAAACAAUCACUCUGUCCUCACUUAUGGCGCCCAGGUUGGCCCGAAGAGGCGGCGUUGAUGAUCCCUUUGCAUGGUACAGCAGAGAGUUUCUGAGGCAGCUCUGCUUAGGAGAGGAGGUUGUCUUCAAGGUGGACUAUGUUAUAAAAUCCAUAGACCGGGAUUUCGGUUCUGUCUUCCUUGCCAAGAGCAACGAUAAUGUCGCAAAGGUUGUUGUUUCUCAAGGCUGGGCAAAGGUCAGGGAGCCACAGAGUCAGCCAACAGGUCCGAGACAGGGACAACAGAAACAGAUAGUAGAAGUUAGUCCUUACCUUGAAGAACUUCUUAGCCUCGAAGAGAAAGCAAAGACUGAAGGUCUUGGUUGCUGGACCAAGGUUCCGGGUGCUGCUGAGGAAUCUAUUAGGUGUCUACCUCCCAACAACAACUUUGAUGCAAUGAGUCUGUUAGCAGAAAACAAGGGCCAGCCCAUGGAGGCUAUUGUGGAGCAAGUUCGUGAUGGCAGCACAUUGGGGGUUUACUUGCUUCCGGAGUUUCAGUUUGUCCAUGUAUUCGUUGCAGGAACUCGGGCCCCCUCCAUGAAAAGGAGCCAUGGAACAAAAGAAACUGUCGCAGUUGCUGAAGCGUUUGCAUUGGAAUCUAAAUUCUUUACAGAAGCUCGUGUGUUGAACAGGGAUGUACAUAUUGUUCUGCAAGGUGUUGACAAGUUCAGAAAUUUGAAUCAUUUGAUUGGGUCAGUGUAUUACCCCGAUGGAGAAUCCGAAAAGGACUUGGGGCUGGAGCUUGUGGAGAAUGGUUAUGCAAAAUAUGUCGAAUGGAGUGCAAACCUGAUGGAGGAAGAUGCAAAGAAACAGCUCAAGGCUGCAGAGCUUGAAGCUAAGAAAAGCAAGUUGAGGAUGUGGACAAAUUACGUACCCCCAGCUACAGGUUCAAAGCCAAUUCAUGACAAGAAUUUCACAGGAAAGGUUGUGGAGGUUGUGAGUGGGGACUGCAUCAUUGUGGCUGAUGAUUCUCUUCCAUCUGGCAGUCCACUAGCAGAGAGGAGAGUCAAUCUUUCUAGUAUUUGGUGUCCGAAGAUGCACAAUCCUCGUAGAGAUGAAAAGCCGGCUCCAUAUGCACGCGAAGCAAAGGAGUUGCUGAGGACACGCCUUAUUGGUAGCCAAGUGAGUGUUCAAUUGGAGUAUUCUAGGAAGGUUGGCCAAGGAGAUGCAAUGGAUUUUGGAUCAGUCUUUGUGAAGGCUGUGGAGAAAGAUGCAAGUGGGCAGGUUGGGGGGAAUGUUGCUGAGCUCAUGGUUGCACGUGGCCUUGGCACCGUUGUUAAACAUCGAGAUUUUGAGGAGAGAUCGCACUAUUAUGAUGCUCUUCUUGCUGCUGAGUCGCGUGCUAUUGCCGGCAAUAAAGGAAUACAUUCUUCCAAGGAAGCCCCAGUCAUGCACACAAGAGACUUGACAACUGAACCUGCCAAGAAAGCAAGCGAGUUCUUGCCGUUCUUGCAGCGAAAUAGGAAAAUUCCUGCCAUUGUGGAAUAUGUCCUUAGUGGUCAUCGUUUUAAGCUAUUUCUUCCCAAGGAAACAUGCAGCAUUUCCUUCUCUUUCUCAGGUGUGAGAUGUCCCCGUCGUGAGGAGCCCUUUUCGGAUGAAGCAAUUGCAGUCAUGAGGCGAAGAAUAAUGCAGAGAGAAGUUGAGAUUGAGGUGGAGAGUGUUGACAAAACUGGAACUUUCUUGGGAACUUUAUGGGAAUCGGGGACCAAUAUGUCAAUUGCUCUCGUUGGAGCUGGCCUUGCAAAAUAUACUCCCUUUGGCAACAGCGAUAGGAUUCUGGAUGCUCACCUUCUUGAACAAGCUCAAAAAUCUGCCAAACAGCAGAAAUUGAAAAUCUGGGAGAAGUAUGAUCAAGGACAGGAAGUUUCCAAGAAACAGAAAAAGGUGCUAAAUGUUGUAGUUACAGAGAUUUUGGACAGCGGUAAAUUUUAUGUUCAGACAACUGAGGACCAAAACACUGCCUCUAUUCAGCAACAGCUUGCUUCUUUGAAUCUUCAAGAAUCUGAUCCUGUAACCGAUACUGAUUUCAAGCCUAAGAAGGGAGACAUUGUCCUUGCUCAGUUUAGUGCAGACAAUUCUUGGAACCGUGCAAUGAUUAUCAAUGCUCCUAGAGCAGCUGUAGAAUCCUCUCAAGACGAGUAUGAAGUGUUCUACAUUGAUUACGGUAAUCAAGAGGCUGUCCCUUUCAGUCAGUUACGGCCUCUCGACUCUUCUCUUGCCACUGCACCUGGCCUCGCCCAACUGUGCAGCCUUGCAUAUGUUAAGGUCCCAAGCUUGGAGGAUAAUUUUGGUGAAGAAGCAGCAGAGUUCUUGAGUGAGCAAACAUUGAGCAGUUCCAUAAAGUUCAGGGCCUUGAUUGAGGGAAGGGAUCUUUCAGAAGGAAAAGUUGUUAAAGGGCAGGGAACCGGACCAGCUCUUAUGGUAACUCUUGAGGCAGGUGAUGAUGAGAUGAGUAUAAAUGCUGCCAUGGUUCGAGAGGGACUUGCUAGCCUGGACAAAGAGAAGAAAUUUUGGAAGUCUUCCGAAACCUUGAGAGAGUUCCAGGAAGAAGCAAGGACCUAUCGGCGAGGCAUGUGGGAAGAUGGAGAUAUUUAUGCUCAUGUGGACAGGGCUCGUCCCAUUACAAGGACUGCUGGCAAGCGAUGAUGUUAUACUAAUGAUCAAUGAAAACUAAGUUCUAAAUAAGUUAGACACAAGAGUAAGAUCAGGUUUUGGUUUGUUGAGGUUUGACCAGAAACAAUCUGUAUUUAUUUGCUUCAGUCUAAUUAAAUGAAAACCAUGUUUCCAAUCUAAGAAUUCGUACUUGAUCUCU